CACUAAAGAGCUCUGUGUAGUUCGCAUGAAACUGAAUCCAAAACUAACACUCCUCAGAACAUCACCAAUCAAGUAGUCACAUCACAAAAAUAUUUGUGGAAUGUUGUUUUGAUGUUCGUAGCUUUCAGUUUCACAGUUAAACCGGAUUUCCUACCAUGACUCAUUUAAUCUUGCAUAACCGCCAAGAUGGCUAUACUCUUCAUGGGGACUCAUGCAUCGACUUAAACUUGUAGUCUAACGGUCAUUUGUAUUGUAACAUGCAUAAUGUUUGCUCCAGCACAUACAUGAUUACUUCAGUUGUUAUUCAUUAAUAGAGUGCCUAUGCUCAUGCGUGCCCAUUUGUUGCAAACGGCUCCAACUUAGGUAGUUUAGUGUGCUUGAGUACGACGAAGAGUGCUCACACCAGGGAUGCCCACACUUUUUCAGCAUACGAGCAGCUUGAAUGACCAAGUGGAAAUGAUCUACCUGCUUUUAUGCAGUAUAUAAAAUAUAUUUGUUUGUUUUUGUACAAUAUAUGUUGCAUUAUUGCAUUAAUCUAUAUUGCACAAUCCAACUUUGUGCAUUUGUAGCAUUACCUUACUCCAGGGCUAUUCAACUACAUAACCAAGAGGGCCACAGUUUCACAAAUGUACAAGGCGAUGGAGGAGAUGAGGAUGGACUCGAUGAUGGCCGUGUAGAACUGCAUCAGCAUCUUGGUUGGCAGCUUGAGUUUCCGUUAUGGUAGUGCCCAAAAAGCGGAAGGAGUCCACAAUGGAGAUGAGAGAGUCCGUCAAGUUGAGGGGGGAGGGAAAGGCUGUGACUUUCCUGAAGUCUAUAAUCAUCUCCACAGUCUUCUGGGUAUUCAGCUCCAGACUGUUGUGGCUGCACCAGCCUGUCAACCUCCCUCCUGUAGGCAGACACAUCACCGUUCAAAAUGAGCCUAAUCUUCUGAUUCUAAAUACGAUUCUUGUCUUGCUGGCCAAAAUUUUACAGAUGGCUCUGCCCCGUUACCAUUGUUAACGAAAAGAUAGCAUAUUUACCUGAAUCAGAUGAUGGGAUUCCACCAUGAUUUCUGUUGUUGACCACAAGGGGGUGGUGUUCCAACUCUAACCAAGUAGAAACAGCAAUAACGUCCUCAGUCUUUUUGUCACUAAUAGAUCAUCUCUGUGUGACAUGUUAUUACUGUCAAAAACUAUACAUUUCUUACUGCCAAUUUCCUCACCACAUUAUCUGUAACUAUAACUGUGCAAAGAAAACCAUACGGUCCAAUUUUUACAUAUUUUGAUAAAUAUAAUAACAUGCAGUUCUCUGAAGAAAGUACUCAAUUUCCCCUACAAUAAAUAGCUGCUGGCUCCCCUGCAAUGUGUGGGCUAUGGAGUAGAGUGACUACAUGUAGUUUUUGUGGACGCUUGGAUCAUAAUGCACAACAUAAGCAACUUUUUAAGCAGUUUUCUCAACUGCAGCAAAGAAUUGGAAUGCUUGUGUGACUAGAUCCCCUCUUCCCUUCUCAUAAAAAUAGUCCCCCUUUUACAUUUUGAGCAGAACAGUGAUCCUUUCAUUCCUGACGCAGAUUGCAGCCCUUGUUGAUUUCAGCAGUAUGUAAUCAGCUCCCAAUCCCAUGUCGUCCAUUUGUGUCUCCAAGAGCUGCUAGAGUAGUGAAGGGUAACUCAGAGGAUGUCUGCAGGGCUUAUGCAAUGCCUGCAAGAUCCACUCCUUGUUUUCCAUGUGUUCCCGGGGGUUGGAUGGCUUGCUUGGAAGUUCAGACACACACACUCCUUCAGCUCAGAGAUUAAAGGGGUUUGUCUGCAGCAGCCAGCAACAAGAGCUGCUCCCAGUUCACAACUUGCCCCAAGAGGGAGGGGAUGAGUCAAGUUUGUAACUUUUGCAGCCAUGACUUUGGCAAACUGUGGAGUUGUAUGCCUUUUUUGAGUUCCUUAGCCAGUUUGCAGGACAAAGUAUGCUUAGGACACGGCCAUCCAGUCCUGAGUGCUUGUGCAAAUGAUGCAGGCGGGUGCGAGGCUCUGCUUGGACGUGUUUGAAGUUUGCUGUCAUGUCAAAGGUGAAGGAUUAUGCUUGGCAAAGGAAUUUUUGUCUGCAAUUUAAGGACUUUAUGAGCAGAAUUCCCUGGCAGCAUGUGAGUUUUUUGUCUUUUAAUUUGUAUUUUUUGAAUAAAGUGCCAUGCUAUUCCUCAGCAGUGGAACAGUGGACGCUACCGCGGGGCAUCAAACAACAUACCACAUCUCCGUGACCCUGAAGGAAACGCAGGGGAAUGCUGUGGUGUCCGAGCUAGGAAUGGGCCAGGUCACACAAACCCUGGUGGACGGUUGCCAAACAGGAGAAGAGAUAAUCGCUCAAAUGGAGAACAGUCCUAUCCUUUGCAAGGCGCCACAGGAGCUUGACAGGUGGCCAUCCCUGAGAGCUGGAAGUCUACGCCAGGAUGUGGUGGUAGAGGAGAAUGAGAAUGAGAAUGAGGAGGAGGUGGAGGUAAAAAUGAGAAUUGACACGUUUAUGAGACGGCCCUCUAAGAUCUCAGGUAGCUCUUCAGAGCGAAGUACAGACACCCAGGGUGAGUGCAUUUCGGGCUCGCAGCAGUACCACGUCAACAUCCAUGCCAGAGGACUCGUUUUUGGCGGCCAUGGUGCUGUUACAGGACACACACUGCCUCGGGCCAUGGUGCGGAGGUCCUUUCAGGAUGAAGCCUUGCUGGACAGGAGGACUAUGAACAUGUAUGACGAACCGGCGGAGCAGCAAAGAGACUCUCAACCCGAACGCCUCCGGAGGCCGAGGAGUGUGUGCAUGAUCGCAGGCCCUGGCCCUGUCCUUGUGGAGCAGCGGAACCAAAACUCCCUGAAAAGGACAGGCGCUGUGGAGGGCAGCCAGCUAUAUAGGAGCAGGAAAGCUGAGUUGAGGGCUGUGGAUGGUCUCAAUCCUGUCUUGGUCCAGCGAGUCCCAGUUCCUGCAGAGGUGAUCCCCAGGAUUGGCCACAGAAGCGUGAAGACCAGGCCUCUUAGCAUGACCGUGCUGGAGCUGAGGAAAAGGGCCUCUGAUGAUGACAUAAGCAGGCAGCAGAGCAGUAACCACACAGGCCUUGAUGCAGGAAACUUCCUGAAAGGAGCUUUCCGUUGGCGGUUAUUUGGGAAAAGUGCUCAGGAGAAAAACAAGGAGAGUGACGGUGACAAAUGCGCUAAAUCAUCUCCUAAGAUCAAAUCCGAUGCUCCAAAAAGCACACUGAGCUCAUUGAGACGGAGCCUCAGUAUGCGCAUCCGGAGAUCUCGGCCCCGGGACAAAGUCACUACAGGGUCUGAGGGGGAUUCGAAGGAAAGCUCUCAAACCAAAACUGCAAUGCCUCCUCAGCCCUUCUCAUACCUCACAGGGAGAACGCUCCCAUCUUUUGUCGAGCAAACAGAGGACACGGGGGGCAUGCAGUACAUCCAGUACCACAGCAAGGGCAAGGUCAAGGUGAUGGAGGUCCCCCUGUGCCCAGUAAAACUAGCUAAACCAGCUCAGGAGGAGCCCAGUUUAUGGCAGCUCAUUGCUAACCGCUUCAGGAGGAAAGAGCAGCCGGGCAGUGGCAAAUGCAAAGCGAAAGACGCAGGCGAGCAUGUGCUGACUGGGAAUAAUAAGUCAGUGUCCGUUGCCAUAGAGACACUGGCCGACAACGAGUCCCAUAAAGGUCAAGAUUCUUUUGUCAACAGCCAGGAAUGGACGCUGAGCCGGUCUGUGCCAGAGCUGAAAGUGGGUAUCGUGGGAAAUCUGUCCAGUGGCAAGUCUGCCCUAGUCCACCGCUACCUGACAGGCACGUAUGUGCAGGAGGAGUCUCCGGAAGGUGGGCGCUUUAAGAAAGAGAUCGUGGUGGAUGGACAAAGCUACCUUCUGCUAAUCAGAGAUGAAGGAGGGCCUCCAGAGUUACAGUUUGCAGCCUGGGUGGAUGCGGUGGUCUUCGUAUUCAGCCUGGAGGACGAGAUCAGCUUCCAGACGGUCUACAACUACUUCCUGCGUCUGUCCAGCUACAGGAAUACAGCCGAGGUGCCCAUGGUUCUCGUCGGGACACAAGAUGCAAUCAGCGCCGCUAAUCCCAGAGUGAUCGAUGACUCGCGGGCCAGAAAGUUGUCCAAUGACCUGAAGCGCAGCACAUACUAUGAGACCUGCUCCACCUACGGCCUCAACGUGGAGAGAGUCUUUCAGGACGUGGCCCAGAAGGUGGUGGCCAUGAGGAAAAAGCAGCAGCUCUCCAUCGGUCCGUGCAAAUCUCUGCCCAACUCUCCCAGCCACUCGUCCGUCCCCGCUGCAUCCAUCCCCUCCGUUCACAUCAACCAGGCGGCCAACGGUGGGUGCGCGUUCAGCGACUACUCCUCCUCCGUCCCAUCCACCCCCAGCAUAAGCCAGCGGGAGAUGCGCAUCGAGACCAUCGCCGCCUCCAACACACCCACGCCCAUCCGCAAGCAGUCCAAGCGCCGCUCCAACAUUUUCACAUCGCGGAAAGCCAGCGAACAAGCAAAGAGCGUUGAGAGUAAGACAGACAGCAUAGGCAGUGGAAGGGCCAUUCCUAUUAAACAGGGAAUCCUCCUGAAGCGAAGUGGCAAAUCCCUCAACAAGGAGUGGAAAAAGAAAUACGUCACCCUGUGCGAUAACGGCGUGCUCACUUAUCACCCCAGCUUACAUGACUAUAUGCAGAAUGUGCACGGAAAGGAGAUCGACCUGCUUCGGACGACGGUCAAAGUUCCUGGGAAGCGACCCCCGAGAGCGGUGGCCACCGUGGCCCCCACAGCCAGCCCCAAGACCAACGGGCUGACCAAGGACCGCAGUGCUCUGCAGCUGGGCAUCGGGAACACAGGUGCGCCUCACUCCAACAGCAGCACGUCUCUCCAGACGGGCACGUCCAUAUUCGGAGGCAGCAAAGACGGGAUGCACCAACGCUCCUUCUCCGUGUCCAGUGCUGACCAGUGGAAUGACGCCAUCAACACCAGUACAAGCAGCGCUCCCCCCAAUGGAAUGAGCGACCUGACCAGUUGCAGUGCGGGCAGUGCCACCAGUCCAAAGCUUGAUCCGCCUCCCUCACCGCACGCUAACCGCAAGAAACACAGACGGAAAAAGAGUACGGGUAUAACCAAGCCGGAUGGUUUAUCCACAGGCAAUGAAGAACAAGAGGAUUCCUUUGAGUUCAUCAUCGUCUCGUUGACCGGACAGACGUGGAACUUUGAAGCGUCCACAUACGAGGAGCGUGAGCUGUGGGUGCAGGCCAUCGAGAGUCAAAUCUUUGCUAGUCUGCAGUCUUGUGAGAGCAUCAAGAACAAGUCUCGAUUAGGCAGCCAAAGCGAUGCCAUGGCCAUUCAGUCUAUACGGAACGUGAGGGGAAACAGCUUCUGUGUGGACUGUGAUGCAGCAAAUCCAGACUGGGCAAGUCUUAACCUGGGCGCCCUGAUGUGCAUUGAGUGCUCGGGCAUCCACAGGAACCUGGGAACCCACCUGUCUCGCGUGCGUUCUUUGGACCUGGAUGACUGGCCUGUGGAGCUCAGCAUGGUGAUGACGGCCAUUGGGAACUCCAUGGCCAACAGCAUUUGGGAGGGCACUGUGGAAGGCUACAGUAGGCCGGGAAGCGACAGCACCAGGGAGGAGAAGGAGCGCUGGAUCAGAGCCAAAUACGAGCAGAAGCUCUUCCUGGUGGGCCUGCCCCAGUCCGACGUGCCCCUGGGCCAGCAGCUCCUGCGGGCGGUAGUGGAAGAUGACCUGAGGCUGGUGGUGGUCCUGCUGGCCCACGGCACCAAGGAGGAGGUCAACGAGACCUACGGUGACGGCGACGGACGCACGGCGCUGCACCUUUCAUGCGCCAUGGCCAACGUGGUCAUCACGCAGCUGCUGAUCUGGUACGGCGUGGACGUGAAGAGCCGGGACGCCCGCGGCCAGACGCCGCUGUCGUACGCCAGGCGAGCCGGCAGCCAGGAGUGCGCCGACAUCCUGCUCCAACACGGCUGCCCCAACGACGCGGGCGGCCUGACGUCGACGCCCCCGGGGGGCAAUAUCAGCAACCGCAACGCCAACCCCAACAUCAAUAACAACGCCCAGUGCGAGCUCAACCGCAGCAUCAGCAUCAUUUAGGCGCGCAGAGGCCAAAAUCCGCCCUUUGUCUCGUCUGGUAGACACUAUGUACGACUCUUUGGACUCUUUGGACUUUGUUUUGGUCUUGGAGCUUUAAAUGUGGUUUUAUUUUUAACUACCCAGUUUUCCCAAUUGUAGUGCGCCAUCUAAACGAAAGCUCCGUGUGAAUCAAGAAAAAAAACAGUGAAAUACUUUCACUCGCAAGUUUUAAUGUCUUCUUCUGCUAUUCAUACAGGAGCAGUCAAAAGAAAGCAAAUAAUGGAGACGUUUAAUAGCACAUAAAGGAGGUGAUUGGGGGGCGUAGGUGAUGGCCAUCCUCUAUACAUAAGGCGUCCGUGACUGACUGAAGGAAUGAAGAGGCCGCCAUGUUUUCCCACGACGACGUAGCCUCUUCAAUCAUGAUUCAUUCACAGCGUUGAUUGAACCUGUAGGUUUUGUGUCAUUAUGGCGUCUUUGUCACAAGAAGUGAGCAGAUGCUACUUUGUGCUCGGUGUGAUGACAGUGUGUGACCCACCGCCUUGAAAAUGUACAGACCGCUGUAAAAAGUAGUAACCUCAUCAGCUGUGUAUUUUUAGCGUCAUUAAAAACGUAACGUGACCUCGUCUUUGCGUCCGGACCACCUUUCCUGUCAGCCUACAAAGCAAAAAGAUGCGUUCGAAUGACUUGAACGAGAUGUUCAAGCGCAAACCAAGCAAUCUUGUGUAUGAAAUACAAUGGAUUGAAGAAGGAAGCGACAAAGUGUGCACUGUGACCAUUAGUGCAUUUUCCUCUGCAUUCACUUGCCUUUUACGGUGCUUUCAUGGAGUUACCAUGCUAGCACGUUUAACAGUGUUCUUUUGUUUUGCUACUUGUCAAUCAAAAACAACUCUUUUUUGGACUCCUUCACCAAGAAUGGAAGUUCUCACAAGAAAUUAGUAGGAUUUUUUUUUACAAAAAAGUUUGAAAAAAUGUUUUCCUACAUAACAUAACGCUGUUUGAUGAAAAGCACGUACUCCAUUUCUGUCUUGAAAUACUUGUUUGGAAAUUGUUUCAAAAUUUUUCAGAUAUUUUCUUUUCCUGAAAACAAUUUCAAAAUUUUAAUUUCAGAAUUCAUUUCCGGAUAAAAAUGUCAAUUUUGUCUGAGCUUUUUUUUUGUUGUUCUUUUAAUCUGGAAAAACGUUUUUGGAUUUGAAAAUGACUGUGUGCAUUUUGUUUUCAGGUAUGUUUCUAUUUCAUUCAAAACUUUUUACUUUAUCACAAAAAGUGUUACAAAAACUGAACUGAAAUUCAAAUUCCACAUUUUUAGUUUUUUUUUUUUGAUAAAAGGAUUCUUUUUAUCCAAAAAAAACAGUUUUUUUUUCUUUUCAGUUUUGAAUUUUUUUUGGAUAUACAUAUUCUUUUUUAUCCGACACUUCACCUUAUAUUCUGACAGUUUCGUCGCUGAAAAUUCCAAAAUCGGUUUCCAGAUAAAUGUUUUGUCAUUGUCCAAACGGAAACGUUCUAGUCCGAUAACAAUCUGUCCUUUCUUUGCCAAAAGCAAUUUUGUAACUGAGGCUACGUUCACACUGCAGGUCAAUUCCAAUUUCUUUGCUCAUAUGUGACCUGUAUCUGAUCAGUGUGUCAGUGUGAACAGCACAAUUCCGAUUUUUUUUCAAAUGCAACUCAGGCCUCAUUCGUAUGUAGACAUAAAUCCGAUAUGUAUGCGAUGCUACUGCAGUCUGAACAGUCAGGCCGCAUUUAUGCGUCUUUUUGCCCUGCUUGCUGAGACUUGGAUAAAGAUACUCACCGAUGUAGGCAAAAGCUCAUCUUGUCAUCUGAGAAUUAUUUUUAAAAAGUGUCAGUGAAGCGGCUCACGGCAAUGUCCCAGCACCGACGUGUGUGGGUAGAUGGCUCCGACAUUCACGCACACACUCCUCAGAACAGACGUCGCAGCAAGCUCUCCACAAACUGCCAUAGCCAAAAUUCUUGCCCUCUUUCUUCUCAAUCUGCUACCCAGGAUCAUUUGGUUAAGAAAAUAUUUGGUUAAGAAAACAAAAUCCUUGAAAAUGCCACAAACGCGCAGAGGAGAGCACACAUACUGCAGCAAUCUUUACGCACGCACGUCACUUCCUGGACGCAUUACGUUCAAAGUCCCAUUUUUUUUGGUAAUGUGAACAACCGCAUUAAAUAUUGUUAAAAUCCGAUUUAUGUUGUAGUUCACGUUACCAAAUUGGGCCUCAUACCCUGCAGUGUGAACGUAGCCCACGAUUGAAACUGUCAAAUAAGUUCUUCACAUAAAACUUGAUACAAUAUGGUGAUACAUGCUUUUCUUCAGACUGCAGUGAUAAGCACGGCUGUUUCGAAAGGCAAAAAUACGCCACUGGGUGACGUGAUCAAAUGUGGGAUGAUUAAAUAAAAUAAAAUAAAAAAAACGCAGGCAAACUGGUGCUUAAGGACGGAACAAACAUUUUUAGCAGUGAAUGGAGCCACAGUUGAACAAGCAUAACAGUCCAGAUGAAUUUUUUUUGAAAUUCAACAUGAUCAUUCUGGUCCUAUUUGUCUUCCAUGCAGAGCUGAAGAGACUCUUGUGUGUGAACAUUUCCCUAAGUAUCCAUCUGAGCAGCCACCGACUCCACCAGAUUGCAUUGUUCGACGUACUGUAACAUUGUACUGUAAUACUGGCCUUAUUAUUUGGGACUUGUUGUUUACUCUAAAUAGUGUAGAUGCUAACAUUCAGUGCGAGUAGUCGUCCCCCUUCAGCCUCAACAUGAAGUCUUGUACAUAUUAGAUGGAAUUAACUGCUUCUGGCUCAGAAGGCCUCUUGAACCACAAGCCAUAUUUUUUAUAUGUUGCUUUUGUUUGUUUCUCCAUUUUGGUUGGAAUGGUACUCGCCAGUGUUUGGUCCCGACACGACCAUCUUUGCUACUUGUGUAUAAUGAUGUACAUUUGACAUAUUUAUAAUGCAGUAUGUAAAUAUUUUUAUUUGGGUUCGUUUCUUCUUUGUUUUCCUAUUUCUUUAUGACAUUGAAGCAAAAAGCUAAGAGUAACUUGUUGUGUGCUUGGCUGAGUGUUGACCCAUUAAUAAUAAACAUUCAAUAUAACCAUGCAGCCAUCCCCUCAUUCAGUGGAAAACAUGCUUUCCUCUCAGCCGCUACACUCCCCGAAGGUUCUGAACUCCUGUUUCCAUGCCACAGUUUGUCCAUAUGUGUUGUUGACCAAGAAUGAAACCAGGCAUUACAGAAAUUUAAGAGGAUUUUGCAUCAAAAAAACAAAACAAAAUACAGCGUAGGCUUAACACGCUUUGGUCGCCAACCCAUGUACAUCAAGUCCCUGUCCACUGUGUUAUUCUUAAUAUUAUUAAAAACCACCCACUUAAAGAAAAACUGCACCUUUUUGGAAUUUUGCCCAUCAUCCACAAUCCUAAAGUAAAUCAUGAACACAUACUGAAUUUCUUUCCUUUUUCUGUGCGUUCUAAUGAGAGAAAACGAGUUAGCAUGAGCCAGCUAACAUUGCACAUCAUGGGAGGGCCCAAUUAUGAUGAUAAAGCCCUAAAAAAACCCCUCAAAAACACGCCAACAGUGUAACUGACAUGUAUAUUCUCCAAGCUACAGC